CGUUCACAAGCUGGAGCGAGCGGUUCCGCACAUAAUGCUGCACCACAAAUCUUCCACUCCUUUUGCACACAUUGUUGCGUAGACGUAGCUUUGACACACUGGUAUUUGAUAUAGGCCAAGAACGCCGUUGCCUUAGAUCUACGAAAGAACGACCGAUCGGACCUUCCCCGCGCGACUCCUCAUCCUGAGCAUUCACAUCAUGUCAGGCGCGCAGAAAACAGCACAAGAGAAGCUCGCCGAGUCGACGCAGUCGGUGCCCACAAGCACGGCAGCUCAGCAGAGCGACAAUGUCGCGCACGCGCUUGCCGGCGCUGGCGGAGGUCUGCUUUCCAUGGCCUUGACCUACCCCCUGAUCACGCUAUCCACACGCGCUCAGGUCGAAUCCAAGCGCGCGCAGUCGUCAACUCUUGAUGCCGCCCGCCGCAUCAUCAAGCGCGAGGGCGUCGCCGGCCUCUAUGCAGGCCUCGAGUCGGCCCUCUUCGGCAUCAGCGUCACCAACUUUGUCUACUACUACUGGUAUGAGUGGACGCGCGCCUUCUUUGAAAAAGCCGCGCUCAAGGCGGGCCGCGCCUCCAAGAAACUCACAACCGUGGAGUCGAUGAUGGCGGGCGCGCUCGCGGGUUCCGCAACCGUCCUCAUCACGAACCCCAUCUGGGUCAUCAACACGCGCAUGACGGCCCGCAAGGCCGACAGCGAUGAGCCUGCGCUGCCGGGCUCGAAACCUGCAAAGGCGCCGUCCACGCUCGGCACGCUGCUCGCGCUGCUCAGGGAAGAGGGCCCCGCCCGCCUCUUUGCCGGUGUGAUGCCUGCGCUCGUACUCGUCAUCAAUCCCAUCCUGCAGUACACCGUUUUCGAGCAGCUCAAGAACCGCCUCGCGCAGCGCCGCCGCGUGACGCCCACUGACGCCUUCUACCUCGGCGCGCUGGGUAAGCUGCUCGCAACGAGCAUCACGUACCCGUACAUCACGGUCAAAUCGCGCAUGCAUGUUGCGGGUAAGGAUGGGCCCAAGGAGAACAUGAUGACGACGUUCAGGCGGAUUAUCCAGGAGGAGGGAUACGCAGGGUUGUAUGGCGGCAUUGGGCCCAAGGUCACGCAGAGUGUGAUCACGGCGGCGUUCUUGUUUGCCUUCAAGGACGCGCUAUACGCGUAUACCGUGCUGGCGAGGAGGAAGAUCGCGGCGAGGAAGGUGUAGAUUGACUUGGUGACGCGUGGAAAAAGAGACGCGAUAUGAGAGGACGGGAAAGUGAAAAGGGGGACUUUGGUCGAUUCGUGAGAUGGAAGUAAAUAUAUAGUGAUUAGAUCGCUCCAUGUAUGUUCAGUUUUCUGUUGUGUUAUCUGCAACAUCUGCU